AUGGACAUAGAUCUUCUAUACAGGCUACAGAGAAGAUGGUGGCCACUGUGCUCACCUGGCCCUCCUCAUCCAAACAUGUUCAAUCUGAUGAGCAAUUGCUACAGCUGGCUGUCCAAGUUACAGGAACCAAUCAGGAAAGUGACCAUACUGGUAGUUGGUCUUGACAAGGCGGGAAAGACAUCUUCAGUCAGGGGUAUGCUGAGAGUGCCCUUAGGUUUGAACACGAGUCCGACUCAUGGCUGUGUUCGUUCGGAGCUGAGGGUGGACAAUUACCUGGUGAGCCUGCUGGAUGUUGGCGGAGCGCCUGAGUCCCGAGCGGUUUGGAGGGAGGUCUACGGAGACGUCCAUGGGAUCAUCUUCGUUGUUGACUCUAGUGACAGGCAGCGGAUAAAGGAGGUCAAGGAUGUCCUGUCGGAGAUGCUGAAGCAGCCCAGAGUGGCGGGAAAACCGAUAUUAGUAUUGGCCAACAAACAGGACAAAGUGAACGCUCUGCUGGGAAGUGAGCUGAUUGAAGUUCUCUCUCUGGAAAAGCUGGUCAACCAAAGCCGAUCUCUGUGCCAUAUAGAGCCUUGCUCGGCCUCAACGGACCUGCGGCGCUGGGCCGACAAGAAGACCCUGCGUGGGCUCCAGUGGCUGUUGCGGGCCGUGUGCCUGGACUACCCGGAGCUGUGUGCCCGGGUAGCCCAGGACCGCAGGAGGCCCCUGGCUGCCCCGGGCGACGCGGACAAACCUCGCAGAGCGGAGAAGGGCCGUCGAAAAAAAACCAAAGAAGAAAGGUUGCCCUCAGGCCAGUCUGACCUGCGGCAGGAGCACCGCCCUAAAGAGAAGGAGAAAAUGCUCAAAAGUGCAGGCAAAAUGCAGCCUAUUCGAAACAUGCUUAAAAAGGAAAAUACGCUGAAAAAGAAGUUGAAGAGAUCAAAGAAGAAACAGGUGAAAAUUGAAGAUGAUAUGGAGACACAGUUGAGGGAAGAACCGCAGCAGAAUGACGAACACGAGAGCAGUGAGGAAGGGCAGGAGGCGUCCGGGGCCGGGCAGAAGGAGAAGGCUAGGAGUCCAUUGAUCCCUCCGAAAAAAGAGAAAGGCAAACUCAGACGCAAGAAAAAGGUCAACGAACACAAGCCAAUUCAGGACGUGCCACAAUCACCUGAGGAAAAUGAAGAACUAUCCACUACAGGUGAGAAGAAGAAGAAGAAGAAGAAGGUGGUUAAAGUCAAGCGAAAGAACAAGAUCAACACAGAGGACAUGCCUGCUGAUGCCCUGUCGUCUGGUCACCCACAGGUGGACCUGUCUGCUACUCUUGAUCUGUACCGUAAAGCCAUCCUGACUAUGAAGGAGAGACAGGAUCUGGGCGAGUGA